AUGUCCCUCCCUCUCGCCCCUGCAAGUUUACUGUCCGCGGGGCGCGCCUCACAGCGCCACGUCCCUGAGUUCAGGACCUGGGGAGGGCGGAAAACAGCCUUUCAAGAACAAGGAGCUGUCCCUUGGGGAUCAGUAGAAGCACCUGCCGGACUGUUCGCCCAGAGAAGCAGAAGUCAUCCUGGCGCUGUCCAGCGGGCCGCGGCUGAAAUCCCGGGAACUAGCGCGGGGCCACCUGCAACCUGCUUUUCCCACAGCUUUGCUCUUGUUUGUGAAGUUCCUGUUGUAUUGUGUGGAACUGGAGGGGAGGUUAAACCUCCAACUGUGAUUGGUCAAUUCCACACCCUUUUCUUUGGAUCGAUCCGAAUAUUCUUCCUCGGGGUGCUAGGCUUUGCAGUUUAUGGGAAUGAGGUCUUGCACUUCAUUUGCGAUCCAGACAAAAGAGAAGUAAAUCUCUUCUGUUACAAUCAGUUCAGGUCAAUCACUCCACAAGUAAGUUUUUCUGCAUUACAACUAGUUAUUGUCCUGGUUCCUGGAGCUCUUUUCCACCUUUAUGCUGCAUGUAAAAGCAUCAAUCAAGAAUGCAUUCUUCAAAAGCCUAUCUACACUAUAAUUUAUAUACUCUCUGUUUUAUUAAGAAUUAGUCUAGCGGCAAUAGCAUUCUGGCUUCAGAUUUACCUCUUUGGUUUCCAAGUAAAAUCUCUUUACCUGUGUGAUGCUAGAUCUCUUGGGGAAAACAUGAAUAUAAGAUGCAUGGUUCCAGAACACUUUGAAAAAACCAUUUUUCUCAUUGCAAUAAAUACAUUUACAACAAUUACAAUUUUAUUAUUUGUUGCUGAGAUUUUUGAGAUCAUAUUUAGAAGAUUAUACUUUCCAUUCAGACAAUGACCAAAUAAUUGAUUACCUAUUGUCAUGCUACAGUUAUUUAUCAUUUUUAUUUAGUUUUAUCUUACUCAGUGAGUACCACAAUUUCAAAACAAACUUACUUCAAUGUGUCUGAAAUUUUUGUCUACUAUAAAAUAUAGUGCCUGGUUGUAAGGUAAGGAUUCUUGAAGAAAUAUUUCAUUUUAAUUUUGAUCACUUUUAUUAGAAAAUAGACACAGAACUACUGUUAAUUUAUUUUUAAACAGUGCUUUUACAGAGUUCUCUCACAUACAUGUUAAUUGAUCAGUUUUUCUGUGGCCAGAGAAACUUUUAUUGUCUUUUUUUACGAAGUGGAAAAUUGAUGCUCAUGAGGGUUAAUUUAGGUGGUCAAAGUCGUAAUCCAGAUAUUUAUAUUUCCCUUUCUGUGGAACUAUACAGUUUUAAAUUUGAGGGUGUAAUUA